UAUUCCUGGGAUUUUGCUCCUGAGCUUUGGGACUAUUCCUUCUGUGCUUGUGUUUAUCUAUGCUAUUAAGGAUAUGCAAAUAAUUUUAAGAACAGCCCCUUGAUUAUGGAGUAUACUUAUAAGCUCCUUCUUAAAUUUUUACUUUAUUUAUUUUGAGUCAGAAAUCAAGAGAGGAAAGGGAGGUAGAAGGAGAGAGAGAUACCUGUAGCACCAUUUCACUACUCAGAAGCUUUUCUCUGUGCGAGUGAUUUGAUCUUGGGUCCUUGCUCAUUGUGUACUUAACUGGUUUCACCACUGCCCCCUUGCCCCCCUCCCCCUUUUUAUGCCAGGACACUGCAUGUAUCUGCGUGCUCAGUUCUAAUUUAUGGUGGUAUGGGGGGAUUGAACCUGAGAUUUUGGAGUCUCAGGCAUGAAAGUCAUUUGCAUAACCAUUAUGCUAUCUUCUCACCUCUUGGGAUAUACUUAUACAGUGAAGACUCUAAAGGUUUUAUGUUGCUUAAUGUUUGGAUUAUCUGUGAGUGAAAACCACACAGACAAUUGGUAACUUCAGUUGUUGACAAUGCAGCCAUUGGAAUCGGUAACAUUUGAAGAUGUAGCUAUAGAUUUCACCCAGGAAGAGUGGGCCCUAUUGAACAUAUCUCAGAAAAGUUUAUUCAGAGAUGUGAUGCUGGAAAAUAUCAGUCAUCUGGUUUCCAUGGGUUAUCAGCAUUCUAAAUCAGAUGUGCUUUUACAUUUGGAGCAAGAAGACCUAUGGAGUGAAGUAAGCAGAUUUCUUCAAGGUCAGAGUCUAGGCAGGGAAAAUGCCCUUAAAGAACAAGAAAUGGUUACCAAACAACAUGGUAACAGAAAGGAAACAUCUAAAGCCAAGCCAGUGCAGACAUCUCACAUUCCAGAGAAGCCCACUGAAUGUAAUGACAUAGGAGAAGAUAUUAACCAUAUUUCCACAUUUAGUCAGCAUUUGAUAACUAAUAUGAAAAAGAAACUGUCUGUAAACAAGCAGUGUAAAAAGUCCUUCAGUGACAAGUUUUACCUUAAUCAGCAUAAGCAGAUUAACAAAAGAGGUAAAUCAUGUGAGUGCCAUCUAUGUGGGAAAGCGUUUAGUAAUUACUCUAGCCUUAGAAGACAUGAGAUGACUCAUACUGGAGAGAAACCAUAUGAAUGCCAUAUCUGUGGGAAUGCUUUUAUUCAAAGUUCUGACCUUAGAAAACACAAUCUAACGCACACCGGAGAAAAACCAUAUGAAUGUCACCUAUGCGGCAAAGCCUUCAGUCAGUCUUCUAACCUCAGACAACAUGAGAGGACACAUACUGGAGAGCAGCCAUAUGAAUGCCCUCAAUGUGGAAAAGCAUUUAGUAAAUGUUCUGCUCUUAGACGGCAUGAGAGAACUCAUACAGGAGAGAAACCAUAUGAGUGUCAUCAAUGUGGGAAAGCUUUCAGCCAGUGUUCUGCUGUUAGACGGCAUGAGGGAACCCAUACUGGGAAGAGAAUUUUGAAUGCCUUCAGUAAAUAUUCUGGUCUGAGAUGAUAUGGCAUUAUAAUUGUAAUGAAUGUGGAAGAAACUUCAAUCUAGGUUUAAUAUUAAAACACUCCAGAAGGACUCACACAUAGAAGAAAGUCUUCAACUGGUAGAUCUUUUUGUCAUCCUUAUGCAUUUAAUAUACACAGAAGUGAAUCAUUACGUAUGAUAUUCCUGUGGCAAGACCUUGAGUCAGUCUGACCAGAUAUGAUGAGAGGACUCAUACUAUGUAUAUAUGUAUGUAUAUAGACACAUAUAUAUGUGCAUAUAUAUUAAUAUAUAUGUACAUGUGAGUAUGUACAUAUAUAUGUAUAUGUAUAUAUAUAUAUAUAUAUAUAUAUAUAUAUAUAUAUAUAUGUAGAGAGAGAGAGAAGACAUCUACAGUAACAGCUCUAAACUUGAAACACACUACAAGAUUCCAUAAGGGAGAAACCCUAGACUUAUAAUCAAUGUGGGAAUGCUUUUAUUUAUAAUUCAUAGUGAAACAACAUGAACAGACUAUACUUCAUAUAAUUUCUAGGUUUAUAAUCACUGUAAACAAAUACUUAGCCACAAUGAAUGCAUAAGAAAAAUAUAGUGAAGGGGUAUUUUAAAACAAGAUGUAAAAACAUGAAGACAUAUGAGAAAUAUCAAGUAAUAUAUGAGAAAUAAUUCAUGAAGUAACAAGAAGUACUUUAUUCAUAAAGUUGCACAUUUGAAACAAAUGAGGAUUCAAGAUAAUACAAAAAAAGAGUCAUUAAUGAAGGGACGUAUUCAGUGAUUAUUGAUUUCAUAGUUAACAUUAAGUUUCUCUGCUAAGAAUAAUAUAGUCUUAAAAUUAAAGUGGAGAAAUCUUCAGUUAGAUCUCACAUCUGAAAACAAUGAAGGAAACAAUCUUAGAUAGUAUUUAAUUUAGAAUUUUGAGGAAGUUUACUUCACAGAGGAAUAACACAAAUUCAAAAUAAAUGAUAGGGGAAUCCUUAAUGCAGGAUUAUUUAUGAAAUUUGAUUCAACUUUCCCAAUCAUUAAUUAUAAAUAUAUAUAUAUAUAUAUAAUAAAGCCUAUUGAUGAAUAAUUU